AUGGCAACAACUGCAAGCAAUAGUACCCUGAAGAGGGAGAAGAAGGUGACACCAUCUUCACAUCCUCACACAAGUACUCGCAGGCAAGGAAGUUCAAGACCAGCCAGCCCUUCGUCAGGCUCCACUAAUAAGGAUAAUUCCAGCACCCCAUCAGGAAAACCAAUCCCAAACUACCUCAAGCCUACAUUUAGUUCAAGACCUGAGUCCUUAAAAAAAGUUAAGAAAACUGGCCAUGAAGACACAUCCCAAAAGCCUGCUCUUCUUAGAAGAAGAUCCUUUGAUAAGCCUCCAUCUCUUCAUUAUGUACAAAAAUCACACCCCUCUUCAGAUCCUAAAGAGAGGCCAGGUCGGGACAGAUUAAUCGGUGUGGUCCGAUCUUCAUCUUUUUCAUCAAAAAAUGUUACUUCACCAAAAGCUGUCUUGGACAGGAAUCCCACAACACUUAGGCCAGGAAAAUCUCAGCCACUGCCUUCAAGGACCAUGAGGAGGAGCAUUAGUCCCUCUGCCAAGAAAGUGAGUAAUGCUCCUGUUUUGCCGAAAGAGGCAAUUAGUGAUGAUGUAAAUCAGAAUCUGGAACUUGAAGCUAUGCAAGAAGGCAAUGAAGAAUCUUUUUUGGCUCGUGAAAGUGAAGAGAUACUGAAUGUUGUGAGCCAGAAGCAAGUUCCUUCUGAUUCGCCAAAGGCCAAAAAUAAGGAGGAACAUAUUGAUGCUGAAGAAACUCAAGUUAAAAAUGAUACUGAAGAUGAGAAGCUCGAGGGUUCUAUCAUUCCUACAGUUGCUGAUGGAGAAAGUAAUGUCUCCGCAUUAGCAGAAUCAGUUAAAGAAACAGAAACUGAGGUACAUCAAGAAAACGAAAACCAGCAUGAAGGAGAGGAGAAUGAUGGCAAACUAGAGGAAAGCAUCAAAACUAAUGCUAACCCUGAAGAGGGUAUUGCAGAUGAGGCUAAAGUUGAGGCUGAUGAUCAAGUGAAUAUGGAAGAGAACGGUAAUGAAACUAAGGUUUCGCCCGAAGAACCUGUGGGUGAAGAGAAGAAGGAAGAAGACACGAAAAAAGGUAAUGGAGGAAGUGAGGAGCUUAAGCCCCAGGAAGAACAAGAUCAAGUAGUGAAUAAUGCCGAUGAAGAACAAAAGAAGCAAGUGGUACAAGGUAAUAAGAAGGAAUCUCAUGCUGCAUACAAUGAUGUGAUCGAAGAGACAAAGAAUAAGCUACUCGAGGAGAGAAAGAACAAGGUGAAGGCACUGGUUGGGGCAUUUGAGACUGUCAUAGACUAUGAAUCUAAAUGA